AUGAUCAACGAAUCGUCAGUCGGUGGUCUGAAGAGGACUCAGCAGGAGGGAAGAGAUGGGGAGUGGAAACGGAAGUUUGAGAUAGAAGAGGAGCAAGAAUACGGGGAGGAUGAGAAUGGGUGCGGGAAAUGUGACAUUUCUAUGAGUAGUGGCAGGCUAUUCAAAUGCGUGAGUGGGGAGUCGUUGGCUUCUUCGUGGGGUUAUGUUAGGGGAGCGAGUUUGGGUUCGGAAUCGCCCGGUGGGAGGGUUGGCGAAGGGCGGUAUGUGUAUGGUGAUAGCGCGGUUAGUCUACCCAAGAAGUAUUUGGAACAGCAGCAAUGUUUUGUGGGUGGUGCCAGCCGGGAGAGGGCUGCGGGAAUGGCGUCAGAUGUUGUGCUGCGGUCGCCGAUAACUACUACAAACUGGCUUAAGCCGUUGAUGGCUUUUCAAGGGUAUCAGAUAUCAGGGUAUAAAAAAUAUCAGGUGCACGUACUGUUACAGACGGUCGAGUUGCCAGCUAUGCAGCACGCAUCGAUGUCGACAACCCCCCAUGUGACGGGGUUCUUAACGAUCAGGGGACUGACUAAUCAGCACCCUGAGAUUACAACAUUUUUUGAAUCAUUUGCCGUUAAUGGUACGAUAGGGUUUUUGUCUAGCAGCAUUCCACAGGAGUUAGCGGAUUACAAGUCUAGUGAUAAAGUGGACUUGGAGCAUUGGCUAAACUUUCCGAGUUUCAAAGAGCUCUGUAUGAAAAACGACAGUUCGACCAUGUCCGAUAUUAUGGAAGGUACUUAUACCCACAGUGACUAUCUUUCGCAGCGCUAUGUUUUUAUGCGUUGGAAAGAAAAAUUCCUUGUUCCGGAUGACGAAGUAGGUAACGUUGAAGGUGCUUCGUACGAUGGCUACUACUAUAUUGUUCACGACCAAAUUAAAGGUAACAUUCUGGGUUUUUACUACCAUAAGGAUGCUGAGAAGUUCCAACAACUAGAACUUACCCCUGUAUAUCAGGAGCGCCAAAGCGUCUGUGCUUUUGAAUUUGCCUGA